AUGGAUGUGCCUGAGCCCGAACAGACCCCCUUUACUGCAGUAGCGGCGCAAACAUCGAAGAUUGCACAGCUUUACCAAGGCUAUCUCGAUGCAUCGACGCCCUACACACUAUAUCGAUGGCUGGGAACUGGCAUCCUCCUUGUCAUGUUUUUCCUAAGAGUCGUAUUUGCACAAGGGUGGUAUAUUGUCGCCUACACAUUGGGAAUCUACCUUUUGAAUUUAUUCCUUGCCUUCUUACAACCCAAAUUCGAUCCUUCGCUUACCCAGGAUGAAAGCCUGGAGGAGGGCGAUUCGCUCCCCACAAAGCAAGACGACGAAUUCCGCCCCUUUAUCCGCCGACUCCCUGAAUUCAAAUUCUGGCAUUCGGCAACAAGAGCCAUCUUUAUUGGCUUCCUUUGCUGCUGGUCGCAGUUUGACGAUGCGACGACAAAUUCAACAUAUGAUUAA